AUGCCUACAUACGCUUUACUCGGAGCGACGGGAUCAACAGGAGCCGCUAUCCUGCGCUGCCUCCUUCGCCAGCCUCCCAAAGACCUCAAGCUCAAUAUCUUCGUCAGGUCAAAGCCUAAGCUACUCAAACAGUUCCCUGAUCUCGAGAGAAGCACGCCUUUCGAUGUCCAGAUCAUAGAAGCUACGCCAGAUGACUCCGUAGCAUUGCAAAAUUGCCUCAAUAACGCCGACGUAGUCAUGGCAUGUAUCGCGACCAACGAAAGCACUCCCGGCAUCUCUUUAGCAUACGACACCGCCACGGCCAUCACUAGCGCUCUGGAGACUCACCGCAAAGACCAGGGAUCAUCCUACAAGACACCGACCGUGAUCCAGCUUCGGAGUGCAUCUUUAAAUCCCGUCAUGAAAGCGAACUCUGCUUGGCUCGGACGCACCAUGGCCGCCUUCUGCUUCCACUAUAUCUACGCCGAUCUUGAACGAGCUUGCAAUCUUUUCAUCGCGGCCUCCGAAUCGCAUCUGCUGGACUACAUCUUUGUGGACCCGCCAUCCAUCCACGAUCCUGACGGCACGACUCCAACUGGCUACAAGCUCACCAUUGGGGAUGGUAAGCAUGAGCCUGCGAUGAGCUAUGCGGAUCUGGGAGUUGCCUUCUGCGAAGUAGCCGAGAGGAGGCGAGAGUUCGCUGGUAGGGGCGUGGGAGUGACGGCGACUGGGCAUGUGAACUUGACUUGGGGUGUGCUCAGCGGGUACAUCUUCCAGGGUGCGAAGUCCAGAAUAUGGGGAUGA